AUGACCCCAACUGUCACGAUUGACAGUGCUCACGAUCCCAACACAGGAACAUGGCAGUAUAUUGUUACCGAUCCUUACUCGAUGAGUGGCAUCAUCAUUGAUCCAGUUUUGGACUUUGACGAGACCACAUGUACUGUCAGCACAAGCACAGCCGAUCGCCUGCUGUCACUUGUCCGCGCAAAAGGCUAUCACAUUUCGCGCAUACUCGAAACCCACACUCACACAGAUCACUUCAGCGCUUCUUCGUACAUCCAGGCUACUCUAGAGCGAGAUCAGGGUCAUAGACCUUUGACCUGUAUUGGCAAGCGGUCCCGACAAGUCCGACAAAUGAUGUACGAAGAGUGCGGCUUUCUGCCUGAUGUGCUCGCGUGUGAAUUCGAUGAGUUCCUUGACGACGAUGGAAGCUUCGAUAUUGGCUGCGACAAAUUCAAUGUCGGCUCCCUUAAAGUUUCGGUUAUUGAGCUUGCCGGUCACACUCCUAACCACGUCGGUUACGUAAUUGGCAGCAAUGUGUUUGUUAGAGACUCCAUGUUUAACCUAGACGUGGGGUCCGUAAGGGUCGAUUUCCCUAAGGGUUCCGCUUUAGCACUUUGGACCUCGAUGCAAUUUCUGCUCUCUCUCCCCGAUCACUUCAAGCUUUAUACUGGUUAUGACUACCCACCCGAGGAUCGUGAGUAUGGCGGUGAGAAGGGUCAGCCAAGACCAUACGCAACGGUCGAUGAACAUAAACAAAGCAACAAACAUGCCAAGUCUGGUACUAUGGAAAAUGAAUUCGUGCAGUGGAGAACCACUAGAGACAAUGAGCUUAAGGCUCCUAAGUUAUUGCAUCAGUCCCUGCAAGUCAAUCUGCUUGGUGGACGGUUUCCAACUGCCAGCGGUGAGCAGCCUGCUCUUCUGACCGUGCCCGUACAACUUCCUGAAGAUUUCCAAAACGGCGUACACGGCAUGAAGGUUAAGCUGUAA